UUGCCUUUUUAAAUACGACAGAGGCACACACAUCAAAGAGAGAGAGACAGAGAGACAGUGAGAGGGAGAGGGAGAGGAUGGGGAGGAGUCCAUGUUGCUCCAAGGAAGGGCUGAACAGAGGAGCAUGGACUGCCUUGGAAGACAAGAUCCUUACUUCCUACAUCAAAGCCCACGGCGAGGGCAAAUGGAGGAACCUCCCCAAACGAGCUGGUUUGAAGAGGUGUGGCAAGAGUUGUAGACUGAGAUGGCUGAAUUAUCUCAGACCAGACAUCAAGAGAGGUAACAUCUCUGUUGAUGAAGAAGAACUCAUCGUCAGGCUCCACAAGCUUCUUGGUAACAGAUGGUCUCUAAUAGCCGGAAGGCUACCGGGGCGAACAGACAAUGAAAUCAAGAACUACUGGAACACAACCCUUGGCAAGAAACUUGCUAAAGCUGAUCGCUCAUCUUCCUCUCCACCAUCAUCGAAAGACAUCAAUCAUCCCUCAUUCAAAUCAAGAUCCAAGAGACCAGUCUCCAAGUUGAGCUGCUCAUUAUCCGCAAAAGCAACUCGGCCCCAAGUCACCAGAUACAAGCCGUUGGAGUGCACCAAGGUCCUAGCCUCAGCAGGCUCAUCACUUCCAAACAAAAACCAAUCCCUCUACUCAAUAACCCCAGAAUAUUCACCGUUCCAAGCCAAUUAUUGUCCAAAUGGGAGCGCUAGUGAACUGGGGCAAGAUUCAGAAAAUCCUAGAACUCAUCAUGUUCACUGUGGCACUCAUGAUGACCACCUUCAAGAGAACUGUGUUGGAGAUUUUGGGCUUAUAAACUUCGGCUAUGGUAAUGAGUUUAACACGGCCAAUAUUAUGUGCGCCGACCAGCCUUUGAUCGUGGAACAAGAAAUGCUGGAGAACUGGACAAGUGUUUGUGUAGAAGAAAAGGACACCUUGGAUCUUGAUUCCUUGGCAUAUCUGCUAAAUUCCGAGGAAUGGCCAUGAAGAGGGAGAAUUGAAGAAAAACCAAAGAAGAUUGUACCUAAUCAUGGCAUAUUAUAAGAGAUAUUUUAAAUGAUUGUCGCUUGAGCAACAUGGGACUUCCCAAAUUUUGUAUGGAAGUUUGUAUAAAAAUAAUAGCAUAAAGUGAGCUCAUUUUGCCACUUGCAAAA